AUGACGUGUUUUUAUGAUCUUCAGAUUGAGUGUGACAGGAAACAUUUUAAACAUCAGAAACAUAAUAAAAGUACUGAUUACAGUAAUAUUAACUUCCUGAACAUUUUUGUUUGUUUGAAGAAAUAUUCUCAGAGCUUUCACGGAAAGCCCAGCAGAGCUUUUCCAAGAUCAAAGAUAAUGACAUCACGGAUCAUUAUAGCAUUCGAAGAGGUUUUAAUGACAAGAGAUAUAAAUGAGAGUUUGAAGGGUGUGAAUGAAGAAUGA